CGCUGAUCAGAGGGAAAUGCAAGUGCCGGUUCUCGGAUGCACUUUCCUCACGCUGUCAGAUCGUGAGGAAAGUACUGCCGAGAACCGGCAGUUGUCAGAGCGGGGAUCGGCACCGAUCAUCAGGGCACUGAUGAUCAGUGCCCUGAUGAUCGGUGCCCAGCAGUGCCACCCGCAAGUUUCGCCCACCUGUGCCCAGCAGGGUUGUGCCAGUCAGUGCCGCCAGUCAGUGCCCAGCAGUGAUGCCAGUCAGUGCCGUCUAUCAGUACCCAUCAUCAGUGUCACCUAUCAGUGCUGCAUAUUA